AAGAGGAGUAGGGUACCUUCUGUCAUGCCCAGUUUAAGGAUUUAUCCAGAAAUGAGACAUAUGUUGUGUUUUUGGUGAAGCGCGUCGAAUACUCCGUUCUCCUCUCCAAUGCAACCUACAAUUCCAGGCUGGGUUUUGUUGUCCAGGGAAGCUUCCAGCUUGAUGUGGCCACUUCGUGGGCUGAGUUCAUCCAACCUAGUGACCGCAAUUGCCCUCCUAUGGUAAAUUUAGACGUUCAAAUGUAUGACUAAUCGGCCUGACACGUAGUGAUACUUAGGACCCGGGUGUUAUUCAUAACGUGAUGCUGUUUCAAUAACAAGAUUAUGAGAAGGCAAAUGUGUCCUAGUGGAGUAAUACAAUUAACCCACUAAACGAGUGGGCCAUGGUCGGCCAGGCCACCACAUUAGUUAUUACGAAGACUUCCGACCAAUAGUUAUUUAAGAAUUUAAGCCACCCAUCAAUAUUUCCUUCUAAUAUCUGUUUCGUCGUGUGCGCCUGAGCUGUUGUUGGGCGCAUCAUACUUUUCCCACGGAAAACUUGAAAAGAAGACACAUGUUAUAAGUUAUAGACUAUGAAUAGAUCUUUUACCAAAUUAUCUUGAAGUGUGUUCAUUUUCAUCCACUGAUGGAGUUUGUCAUUUAGCGUUCCCAAACAAUUUCCCCAUGCUUAUCGCCUACGUCACUGGACUAAAACGCUUUCCUGAUCCAACCUGCGAAGGAGGAGUCUGUAGUAGUGUUGCGAAAGUAGUCGAUGUGCAUCAAACUCUGACGGGACAGUCGCUGUAGUUGUAGUAGCAGCUGUGCGCUUCGCCAAUUUCUGACGCGUUUAACUAGCUAUAAAGUGUGUUUAUUGCCAGUCUGUGGCAACAAGGCUGGUCCUACGCUUUCAAGUGACCACAGGGCCUGAUCCUCGAGGAUGUCUUUAGCAGACCAGAGUCAACAAUGGUACCCUACAAGUGUACAGGUAACGGUGUUCCAGGCCAAGAACUUGAGGAUCAAGGGCAAACAUGGCACAAACGACGCCUAUGCCAUCAUGCAGGUGGCCAAAGACAAAUUUUCAACGUCGGUGGCUGAGAAGUGUGUGGCACCAGUAUGGAAGGAGGAAGCCACUUUUGACCUGCCGCUCUUCCACCACGGCAAUGCCGAGCGCUGCACUCUCCAUAUCAUCGUAAUGCACAGGGCGCUCGUGGGUCUGGAUAAGCACCUUGGACAGGCAGUCAUCAACCUCUUGGAACUACACGAUAACAAGUCCCGGAAGAAGACAGACUGGUUCAAGCUGGUGGAUAAAAGCGGGAAGGCUGAUAAGGACCGCGGCGAGGUGCUGCUGGACAUCCAGUUCAUGCGCAACAACCUGACGGCCAGCAUGUUCGACCUCUCCAUGCAGGACAAGCCAAGGUCGCGCAUCGCCAAGCUCAAGGACAAGGUCCGCGGCAAGAAGAGCGACGGCUUCUCCGACUCGGCGUCCGCCAUCGUGCCUUCGGUGACUCGCGGUCAGGUGCUGACCGACAGCGAAGGGGAAGGGGAAGACGCGGGACAGGCGGAAUCUCCCAGCACAAAGAAGAAGUCUAAGCUGAAGUCGCUGUUUGCCCCCAAGACCAACCUGCAGCGCAACCACUCCCAGUCCAUGUCCGUGCUGGGCACCCUGCCGGAGAAGAACUCCCCCCUCAGUGCCAGCCGCUCAUCUGGCCUCAACGUGGAGUCCCCUGACGUGAAAAGGAAGAUCGGCCUUGGCAAGUUCGGCCUGGGUCACAAGCGCACGGGCAGCAACGACAGCAAGGUGUCCACGGGCCCCUUCUCGCUGCUGGGCCGCUCCAAGCAGCGCGCUGCCGACGAGAACAGCAUGUGCAUCAACGGGAGCCACGUCUACAACGAGGAGGCAGAGCGCAAGACGGGCUCCACGCUCAGCCUCAACAGCUCUGGGAAGGGCUCAGUGGAGGACGUCAGGAGACAGCAGCAGCACGAGAGGAACAUCUCAGACGCCUCCACAGACUCUCUCAAGGCGCUCAGCAUCCCGUCCUACAAGCCGGAGACGCAGGAAAGGAAACCCAGCGUGCCUCAGAUCCACAUCCAGCAGCCGCCACCACAACAGCAGCAGCAGCAGCAGCAGCAGCGCCUUCGAGAGGAGGAGGCGGAGAGGGAGAGGGAGUUGGAGGCCAAGAGGCAGGCGGAGGAGAAACGCAGGCAAGCCGAGAGCAAGCGGAUCCAGGACAUGCUGAACCGCCAGGAGGAGCAGGAGAAGAAGCGCAUGCAGGAGCGGCAGAAGAAAGUAGAGGAGGAAGAGGAGCGGCGGAGGAGGAGGGAGGACGAGGAGCGCAAGAGGGGAGACGAGCAGGAGAAGCUGCGACAGGAGCAGGUGGAGGAGCAGGAGCGCAAGAGGCAGGAGGAGGCCAGGAGAGCGGAGGAGCAGAGGCAGCACGAGGAGACGCGGGUGACGGACAGACUCUCGUCUCUCUUCGGCCUGGGGAAGAAGAAGGAGGAGAAGAAGGAGGAGCAGCAUCACCAGCAACACCAUGACAACCACCCUCCAACCGCCACCCCUCGCCGUGCCUUCAAGGAACUCGAGAUCCCUGCCACCACCAACCCCUUCGAGGAGAUCUCGCUGAGUCCGGAGCCACCCACCGCCACUAACACGGUCCCGGGCCACGUGGACUCCCAGAGAGGAGUCCUCAUCCCCCACGCCCCAAACACCGGCUUCCCCAGUCGCACACCCAAGGCCGCUGUUAAGCCCAGUGGGAGACUGACACAGUGGCAGGACCCAGAACCUGAUGUAGGUGACCCUCCCUCGCCCAUCGAUACUACAGAUACAGACACCCUAAAACAGGACCAAGCAGUAUCCCCCUCCCCUCUGCUCUCGGAGCACCCCCACUCUAGUGUUCCCUCCGACCCCUACUCUGACACGUCCUCCAGCAUGCACUCGUCCCUCGCUCCUCCUAACGUUAGAGGGGGCCCCUCAGCCUCCAUGCGAGGUAGCCGAGAAAACCUUGCGGACGUUGGCUCUACGUCUGAAAGAAGAACACGGGUCAUGCUCCCGCCUGGAUAUCCACCGCGCUCAGACGGAGGACAAUAUGGACUUAAUGCUCCAGCGGUCACUGUGAACGGUCGGGGUUCGCCCAGGGAUGGGCAGCAGCAGCAGCAGCAGCAGCAGGGGCAGAGGCCAGAGUUGCCCCUUCCCGACUACGAGACUCUGUUUCCGAAGAAGAGGCAUGGUGUCAUGGCCCAGGGCAGAUGGGACAACAUCAUCGCCGAGGUGAACCAGAGGAAGAAGGAGCGGGAGGCUAACAUGAGCGGGCCGGAGAUGAGCGUCGACGGUCCCGCCGCCGCAGAAGAGCCUUCUUCUUCAGUCGUCCAAGGAGCUGCUUUGCAACGGCAGAGGGUUACAAAUGUUGCGGACCACCACCAGAGCCACAGGCCACAGAGGCCGGAGGAAGCCCAGUGGGAUAGGCCUGAGGCAAGAACAGCAGCACACGGGGGCAAACAAGCUCUACAGCCCUCCAGGGCAGCCGCUGUAGCACAUGUAGCUCCACCGCAACACCAACAAGCGGAAAAAGAGACGGCUGUUGCCAAGCUGAGACAGUCCCACAGUCCAGACGUGGUCCAGAGAGGGCCCAGCCCCACUCCCAGAGAGAGAAGGAGUAUCACUGUUGAGCGUGGGCGACCCAAGGAAGCCCCUUUACCCGCAGCCAGAUCCACCACUCCGCUCCAGAGUAGUAACGCAGACAGAAAAUCGCCAGACGUUUCAACAAACGCUGAGAAACAGUUGCCCUCAGUCAGACCCAGACUGAAGCCGCCGACCAGCAAGGAACAAACAAAACCCACCCAGCCUGAAAUAAUCCCAGAUAAGGGCACGGAUGGAUUUGACCCCUUCCCUAGCAGCGCUUUUCAGCAGAGAGACCCAUGGGCCUUGGAGGAGCCGCAGGCGGACACACCGCAUCAAGAUGACCUUUUCACCGGAGGCAGCACAAAGAGAGAAAAGACAAUGGAGGACUUGGGCAUCAUCGCGGAGGAUCCUGGACAAGUGUUCGAAUUGCAUAACCCUGCUGCUGAUCCUUUCUCUCACCUCUCUCAGAAAGGCACGGCUAAGGCUAAGUCUGUCAUAGAGCCAGAAGAUAAGCCCGUGGAAAUUCUGUCCGAAAAGGUCAGAGCCUCUCCUGAAGCCUUCUCAAAGAAACGGCGGGCGCCAGAGCCUCCCGCGAACUCUCCCCAACCAACUACAAACAACUCUGCGGAUAAAACGGGUAGCAGACUUUCAGGACUGAUCAGAUCCAAUGCCCCGAAACCGGAAUCAAAAGCCAAGAUUCAGGAUUUUGUCCUCAGUGACGAAGAGGAGCCGAUGGUUUUCUCCUCGCCCUCUGCCUUUAAGGCGGUGUCCGCCGGUGCCAACCUGAGCAGCCUGAGAGCAGGGGCCGGGGACAUGGCAGUGGGGCCUGCCGCGGGGGGCAAGGCCCCCGUGCGAGCCUGGGUCUCUCCCUCAGACACGCAGCUUAGCGCUACCCCAAGUAGCAGUGGAGGGUCGGCAUCAUCAACCCUACGCAGACCUCAUCCAGUGCGACCCCUGAGCUCCACGGAGAGUCAGACCCCCAACAGCAGCACCAUAGCAGUCAGCAGAGACCUCAAAUCCAUUAGCAUUAAUGAUGCGUCGCAGAAGGUCAAGGUGGCCGACAGUGGUCCCUACACCCAGCUGACUCAGGAGGAGCUGAUCACCCUGGUGGUGAAGCAGCAGGCCGAGCUCUCCAAGAAGGACGAGAAGAUCGUGGAGCUGGAGGAGUACAUCGACAACCUGCUGGUGCGCGUCAUCGAGGAGAAGCCCAGCAUCCUCAUGGCCCUCGCCGGCACCAAGGGCCCCUUCUAGAAGCAAUCGUCUCCAUGGGUCCCUUCUAGACGCCAUUGUCUCCAAGGGCCCCUUCUAGAAGCCAUGGUCUCCAAGGGCCCCUUCUAGAAGCAAUCGUCUCCAUGGGUCCCUUCUAGACGCCAUUGUCUCCAAGGGCCCCUUCUAGAAGCCAUGGUCUCCAAGGGCCUCUUCUAGAAGCUAUCGUCUCCAUGGGCCCCUUCUAGAAGCUGUAGUCUCCAAGGGCCCCUUCUAGAAGCUGUAGUCUCCAUUCUAGAAGCUAUUGUCUCCAUGGGCCCCUUCUAGAAGCUGUAGUCUCCAAGGGCCCCUUCUAGAAGCUGUCGUCUCCAUUGGUCCCUUCUGGAAGCUAUUGUCUCCAUUCUAGAAGCUAUGGUCUCCAAGGGCCCCUUCUAGAAUCUAUCGUCUCCGGGGGCAUCUUCUUCAAGCUGUAGUUUGCAAAGGCCUCUUCUGAAAUCUGUUCUCUCCAAGGUCCUGUUUCAGAGGCGAUUGUUUCCCAAAGGCGCCUUCUACAAGCCCCUAUUCCAGAACCUUUGAUCUCCAAGCACCUCUUUUAGAACCAUUAUCUCUAAGGGGGCAUUCUAUAUGCUAUUCUGCACACUGUUCUGAUGGGGAAGUAGCCUAGUCUUGCAGUGCUAGACCCACAUUUAAUCAAGUUGAGGAAGGCAGUGAAAUUUGUUUGCUGCUGCUAGGGGCAUCUAGCACAGCUGGGGAGCCUUGUAAAGCUACUUCUUAAUUUUCUGUCUGUAUCCUUGCUGCUUCCGAAGGCCCCUUUCAGAGACAAAGACACGCAUCACGGGGGAGUCUUAAGGCUUAUUGUUAUUAAUUUUUGUCUCAUCUUGCUUAUUCUGAGAGGGCGAGAAGGGGAUUGAGUUAAACAGGGUGCGAUUUGUUGAAGAACCAGAAGAAGGGAUAUGUUUCAGAAUUUAAGCAUUAUCAAUGGAGUUAUAUACAGCCACUAUUAAAAUCAUGUAGAAAAAGUGUCAAUAUCAAAACCAGAAGGCGGGACAAUCCCCCCAUCCCCCACUACAAAUCGCACCCUGGAGUUAAACAUAUAUUGCACAAAGAUGUUUUGCCUCACGCUGGUGUUUUUAUAUACUCUGGCAAUACCCUUUGGCUGUUCCAUGCACUUUUGAAAUGGACAUUCUGUUUAUGGAACUGUGAGACUGGGCGACAGAUGAAGGAGUCGGACAGUACUGUACAGUUAUCUAUGCUGGAAAUCCAUAGUGGUGGUGGCUGUAAUGUAGUAGAAGACUCUAAGAUAUAUUGGUGUAUAUCAGCAAUCAAAGAAACUGACUAUUUAUGUUGUUGUUUUUUUCUUUUUCAAUGAAGUUCAACCCUAUAUUUCUGGAACUCUUACUCGGUACAUAAAAAUACUGUGUCACACGUGCUCUUAAUUGCAACACUCAAAAGUGGAAGUUCAUGACCUUUUGUCAGUCGAUGAAUUGACCGUAACAGUCUCAGUCCCUGACUACAGUGAUGGAGUGUUUUCACGAUUCUAUGGAAUGUUUGGUAAAGUUAUUCAUAUUUAUUACACUGAUGUAAGGCCUAUUGCUGUUUGCCGUUGCCACUACUUAAGUUUGUUGUUUGGUUGUGGGUGUUCAAUGGGGCUUCUCUUCUGCACCCUGUUUCUCAAAAAGAUCACUCCGAACUAUGUUAGCAACUUGGAUGGAUCCAUACAAUACUACUUCCCGGUUGCUAGCUGGCUAGCAAUGAUACUUUUGAGAAAUGCACCCCUGUAAGGUUCUCAUGUACGAUCACACUGUGCCACCUGGUUAUACACUGUAUAGGUCCUGUGCUGCCGUAGCGGCAAGCUUGGUCAAAUAGUGCCGUUGCUUCUGUUGAAUGCAUUGGAGUCAGUGUUAUGGUUGAGAGUGGUGAUGCCCUCCCAGUUUAAACAUGGUCUUCCGAUAAAUAAUCCCCCUUUGAAAAAAACAAAACAAUGAAAAGAAAAUUCUUCCAAUGUUGGGUACCAAAUGUGUUAAAGGAAUGGUCUAGAAGCAUUGUUUUGAAAUAUUUUUGGCGCCUUUGGAUUGUAUCCCUCCCUGCCUUAUACUUAAAUAUCAUCAGUCUUAAAUAUAUGGCACCAUGCGCUAUGAAGGCUUACAGUUUGUUACUUCUCGUUCACUGUGUAUUAUAUUAACUAUUUGAUGGCAAUAUCAGUGUUGAUGUAGGUCAUCUUUUUAAAUGACUUACAGGUUGUACUAGUGAUGCUGUAGACAAAUGCUAUUUCAACCAAAAAAAACAUUCCACAUUUAGCCUUUUUGCUACAUGUAUUUAUCAAAUCAUUUUUUUAUUAUUAUUUAAAUGUUUCUCUUUCUUGAAAAAAAAAUCACCAUUUUGUUUUUCUGACCAAAAGUACAACACUUGAUAACAUACUGCAUUGCUUUUCACUACACAAUUCAAGCGAAUGGACAUUUAGUUUAAAUAUGUUUUUUUAUUUUUAUUUCCGUAAGUAAAGAUGGUAUCAUGCUGCCUUGUGUUAAGUCUCACAGUAUAAUUUUGUCAGGGACAGUGCCUUGUUUGUGUGUGAAUAUGCAGCGCACCAACAAUCAUUUUGAUGAAACAGAAAUCACUUUUCAGUUUUCAAAAAAAUGUACAAGGUAAUGAUUUAGUUGCGAUUUAUUUAAUAAUGAUUAUCUUCAUGAUUUUUGUCAUUACAUCUUUUAUUAAUAAUAUACUUUGUAGAUCUCACUGGAUUUGAUCGUAGAUAUAAACAGUAUAAGCACAUGAAUUGAUGGAAUGAUGUAUGUAUGAAUAAAGUGAUUCUAUGCAUUCCCGGCUUUCUUUUCCCUAAAUUA